AAUCAGAGAUUAGAGCAAUGGAACGUUUGGGGCGGGCAUUUCUAGCGCUGCUUCUGUUUGUUUGUUUGUUCUCUGGCAGCUGGGCACACACGCCGGGUCAUCGCACCAGGUAUGAACCCGAUUGGGCGAGCUUGGAUCAGCGCCCACUGCCCAGGUGGUACGAUGAGGCGAAGGUGGGCAUAUUCCUCCAUUACGGCGUCUAUUCUGUGCCGAGCUUCGGCUCCGAGUGGUUCUGGCACUACUGGAUAAAUCAACGCAAACCGGACUACAUACGUUUCAUGCAGCGCAAUUAUAAGCCCGAUUUCACCUAUCAGCAAUUCGCGGAUCAGUUCACAGCGGAGCUCUUCAAUGCCACGCAGUGGGCGUUGCUCUUCAAAGAUAGUGGCGCCAAAUAUGUUGUGCUCACCAGCAAACAUCACGAUGGAUACACGCUGUGGCCUUCCAAGUACAGUUUCGGCUGGAACUCUGUCGAUGUGGGCCCUAAACGGGAUAUAAUCAAGGAACUGGCGUCAGCUGUGCGCAGCGUUUCUGACCUGAAAUUCGGACUGUACUACUCGCUUUACGAGUGGGUGAAUCGAAUGUGGAUCGAUGAUAAGGCGCAUCAACUACUGCAGCAGCACUACGUGGACUACAAGGUUCGGCCGGAGCAGAUGGAGUUAGUACAGCAGUACUUGCCGGAGAUCCUAUGGUCAGAUGGGGAUCAGGAAGCGCCGGCCAAGUACUGGCGAUCGGAGGAGUUUAUCGCAUGGCUAUACAACGACAGCCCCGUUCGAGAGACGAUUGUGACGAACGAUCGCUGGGGCUUCGGCACCGCCUGUAUGCAUGGCGACUUCUACAACUGCGCCGAUCGCUUCAAUCCGGGCGUGCUGCAGCGUCACAAGUGGGAGAACGCCUUCACUCUGGAUCGCACCAGCUGGGGACAGCGCUUCGAUGUGACCUUAGCGGACUUUAUGAGCUCCAAAGAUGUCAUCAAGGAAAUCGUCACAACGGUCAGCUGCAACGGAAACGUCUUGAUCAAUGUGGGCCCCACGAAGUAUGGCACGAUCUUGCCUAUCUUCGAGGAGCGUCUGCGAGACAUGGGGCGCUGGCUGAGCAUCAAUGGCGAGGGCAUCUAUGGCAGCUCUCCAUGGAUCUAUCAGAAUGAUACACUAACGCCAGAUGUUUGGUAU